AUGUCUGUGCCAAGUUUGGAAGAUCUACUGGCUGAAUUGGAUCGGCAAGAAGAGUUGGAAGCCAUUGAAGAGGUGCCCACUCGUGAAGAGCAUGAAGAAGUCCCAGUUGGUCCGGAAGGAGUUCGUCCACACGAGCAGGAAGGAGGAAGUUCUGCAAGUGCUGCAGUAAGAAGAAGGAGGGGUGGGCGCUUUUCGGACAUGGUGGGCUCUGGCAGUGGAGCCACACCACCGCCUAAAGCAGAGAAUCCAGUGUCCAUCGGAAUGCUGCAGAGAGAUGCUUGCCAUUUUGAGACUCAAGAUGGUGAUGCCUCCACACGUGAUGAUGAAAGAAGUCCUCACACCAGCUGGACUGGUAUGUCCGGUCAAGCAGCUCAGGAACAUCACCGGUCCGAGGAGUAUGGCAUUCACAGCUCCAGUUCUGAGGAGGCCGAAAGCUUGCCAAGAGUCAAAGCACUACUUUCGCACUUGGACCAUGAGGUGUUGGAUCCCGAGCGCCUGCGAGCUCAGGCAGAAGCUGCAGCCUUUGAGGAAAGACAAAGGAGGGCAAGAGUGGAGGCAGAAGAGCAAUCCAAAGAGGAUGAACGGAGGCGCGUGGAAGCUGCUCGCGAAGCGUGGGAACGGCACCGCAUGGCAGCCGAAGAGGCGGAGGAACGCCGCGAUCGGGCCAAUCGCUAUGCAAUCCUUCUGGAAGAGAAGACACGCAAAUUGGUGGAGAAGCAAUCGUCAAAGAGGAAGAAAGUAAGAGAGGAUGAACGACGGGAGCGGCAGAUCGAGAAGGAGAAGCAGCGAGAGGAAAGAAUGAGAAGUGAAGCAGCAAAGAUGUCAGAAAGAAUCCGAAAGAUGGCCGAGAAUGGCACGCAGUGGUCAAGAGUCAAAACUGUCGUUUGA